GAUGCAAAAUCGCUUGCCACGUAGGCAUGAGACAGCCACAUUUCGCCACACGAUGCAGUCCUCGAACGGCAGUUAGCAGCAGUUAAGUUGACUGUGAGAGGAGGGGCAAAAUUGCUCAGAUUGUAGAGUUCAGGGGCUUAAAUGCAUCAAUUAGAGUCUAGGGGCUUAAUAGCGAUUCUGGGGUUGGUUCAGGGGCUUAACUUAUGGUAUUUUCCAGCAUCAAUGGAGAAAAUGAUCAUGGGCUCUAUCUUCCUUCCAAUGUUGUUUAUGCAACGCUUUAUGGCUGCCUUAGCCAUGUCUCAACCAAACUUCACCGCAGACCAAUUUGCCCUUCUUGAAUUUAAAGCUCACAUCACUUCUGAUCCUCUCAAUAUCAUGUCCUCCAACUGGACUUCUGCCACCUCAAUAUGUAACUGGGUUGGUGUUUCUUGUGGUGCUCUUCACCGAAGAGUCACAACCUUGGAUCUUCCAAACAUGAACCUCACUGGCAGCCUCCCUCCUCAACUGGGAAACCUCUCAUUCCUUGUUGAUCUCAACUUGAGUGGAAACAACUUCCAUGGCCACUUGCCUUUAGAAUUUGGGAAGCUGCAGCGUUUGAGAGUCAUGGACUUGGGCAACAAUUUUCUUUAUGGAAGCAUCCUAGAUGACAUUUGGUUGCUUUCAAAGUUGGAGAUUUUUAAAGUAGGAAGCAAUAACCAACGGACAGGAACCAUAUCAAGAAACAUUGGGGAAAUACCACAAGAGAUAGGUAAUCUUCAUAAUUUGGAGGAAGUUGCAGCUGGAAAUGCAAGCCUCUCUGGUCCCAUUCUAUCAAAUAUUUUCAAUAUCUCCUCCUUAAGAUGGAUUUAUCUCUACACAAAUAGCCUCUCUGGUACCCUUCCUAUUGACUUGUGCUACCACCUGCCAAAUCUUGAGCUACUUUCUUUGUAUGAGAAUCAAUUACAGAGCUCAAUUCCCUCAAGUAUAGGCAGAUGCAAGAAGCUUCAAAAUUUACUUUUAGGGACCAAUAAAUUCACUGGAUACAUCCCAAGAAGCAUUGGGAACUUGACUGAACUUAGUAGAAUAAAUCUACGUGAAAAUAACUUGGAAGGAGAAACACCAGAGGAGAUUGGCAACUUACCCUUGAGGUUUUUGAAUAUGAGAUACAACUUCUUGAAUGGUUCUAUUCCUCCCAUGAUCUUUAACAUCUCAACCUUGGAAGUCAUUAUCUUAGGAAGGAAUAACCUUUCAGGCCAUCUUCCUUCAACCAUCGGACUUUGGCUUCCAAAGCUUACUGCGCUAAAGCUAUAUCAAAAUAAACUCAGUGGAAAUUUUCCAAAUUCUCUCUCCAAUUCUUCCCUACUUACCAUUCUAAGCCUAAACGAAAACUUGUUCUAUGGCCCUUUCCCUAAUUCACUUGGCCAUCUAAGAUUCCUUGAAAGGCUUAGAUUACGAAAUAACAUGUUCCAUGAAUACUCAACUCUAGAAAGAAGCUUCCUCUCUUCUUUGUUAUCAUGCAAUUUACCUAGCACCAUUGGGGAUCUCAAAGAUUUGACUUAUCUUUCCUUGGCAGAAAAUGCCUUAGAAGGUAAUAUUCCUCAAUCAUUUGAUGGGUUGGUAAGCUUGGAAUUUUUGGAUCUCUCUAACAAUAUUCUUUCUGGAGUAAUUCCCAAGUCUUUGGAAGGACUUUCCUAUCUCAAAUUCUUCAAUGUAUCUUUCAAUAGACUUGAAGGAGAAAUCCCAUGUAGAGGAUCAUUUAGAAACUUCUUUGCUCAAUCAUUUAUUAGAAACACUGCCCUAUGUGAUUUGCCAAGAUUUCAAGUUCCUCCAUGGAGUUUUGGGUCAGUAUACAAUGGGGCACUUCUAGGUGGAAUGAGCGUUGCAAUAAAGGUCUUCAAUAUGCAAGUAAAAGGUGUACUCCAGAGUUUUAACACAGAAUGUGAAGUAUUGCGCAGUUGUUGUCAUCGAAAUCUAGUCAAAAUCAUUAGCACCUGUUGUAAUGAAGACUUCAAGGCCUUGGUGCUCGAGUUCAUGCCUAAUGGAGCCCUGGAGAAGUGGUUAUAUUCUGAUACAUGUUGUUUAAAUAUCUUGCAAAGAUUGGAUAUAGUGAUUGAUGUGGCUUUUGCUCUAGAAUAUCUUCACCAUGGACAAUCAGUUUCAAUCAUCCAUUGUGAUUUGAAACCUAGCAAUGUGCUGCUUGAUGAAGAUAUGGUUGCACAUGUCGGGGAUUUUGGCCUUGCCAAGCUUUUGGGAAAAGGGGCAUCUGUGAUGCAGACAAUGCAAAUUGCCACUAUAGGUUACAGGCUGCAUUUCUUGUAAAUGAUGGUCUUAAUUUAAGAAUAUUCGACUUGCUUUCCUCAUUGUUGGUUGUCUGUUUGCUACAUAUGAAAUUUGCUUGAGAUCUGCGUUUAAUUUUCUUUAGCUGUUGGGAGCUUGAUCAAAAAAAAAAAAAAAAACCCCCAAUUUGUGU